AAAAAAGAUAAGAAAAAAAAAAUGAAAAGUAGAAAAUAUUUCCAACCAUUGCAAGGGAGAUGAAGAACUGGUGGUGGUUGUGACAACAGCAACAUAUCCUUAACUUUUUGUUAUGUCACACAUUUUUUCCUUUCCUCAACUUAGACAACACUUUCAUGGAACAAAGAAUUAAAUUAUGGGUCUCUGUUUUGGUUUUAAACUAAACCCAAAAUUCAGUUAUACUGUCCCAAUUCACUCUCCUCAUCUCUUCCUCUCUUCUUCAUCUUCUGCUGGAGGCAGAGAAGUUUUUUUCAGCCCAACGAGGUUAUCUUUCCUUUCAACAAUUUAUGAGGAAGGAGAAACUUUGCAUAAGGAUUUUGGAAAGACGUUUGCAUUUUCGCCAACAGCAUUGGAAGCACCGCAAAAGGAUAUAUUGCAAGGCGGAGAAGUAACAAAGGUAAAUAAAGGAAAGAGGUCGCUUAGUAGUGUGCAUGAAAUGAUUGAUAACACGCAAUUGCCUUUCGGGGAGUCACAUUUCGGUUUGUUAAUGGAGAACCUUGAUGCUUUAGAAGAAACGUUUGCGGAUUCUGAAGCAUUAAGGUUGAAAAAGAAUAUUAUAUUGCAACUAGAAAAGCUUGGAGCUCUUGAGUUGUUCAAUGUUUGUCUAACAGCAUCUUCCGGAACCUCACCCGCAUCGACAUGCACUGACGGAGUUCUUGAACAACUUGAAUUAAAUAAGAGAAACCACAAAGUAGAUGACUAUACCGGUAAAGUUGUUGUCCAAUCUAGCAAGAGGAAAGAAAAUAGAACAAGAAGAAAGAGAGCAUCGGUUUCCAUAGCACCUUCCUCUAAGUCCUUGCCUUUAGAAAUUAAUCAAGAAGAUCCGUUACGUUCUUCGCCGGCGGCUUCUUUUGUAAAAAGAUCAUCAAAUACUAAAAAUACUAAAAAUAGAAGAGCAAUGAUUGCUCAAAGGGAGGUGGAAAUGGCAAAAGGUGUAAAGGUUUUAGCAGAGUUAGAGAAAAUGAGAACAGCUAUAGAAGAGGAUACCAAACAAGCGGUAAGCAUGAGUAGUUGGGCAGAAGCAUCUGGAGUCAAUCAGAAAGCGCUAAAACAACAACUGUAUCAUGGCUAUUAUUGUAAAGAUGAGUUGUUACGGAGUACUCGUUCCUUAGUUCUAUACUUUGCCAAAAAGUACAGGGGCAUGGGAAUAGCUUUGGAAGAUUUGCUUCAGGUAGGAUAUAUAGGUGUUCUCCAAGGAGCAGAGCGAUUUGACAGUACAAGGGGAUACCGAUUCUCAACCUAUGUGCAGCACUGGAUAAGAAAAUCAAUGUCAAAAACGGUGGCAAAAUAUGCUCGGGGAAUCACUGUUCCUUGGUCAAUGAACAAGGCAAUAAAUCAGAUCAAGAAAGCACGAAAAGUCUUGAGAAGUACGUCUAUGAAAUACCCCGAAGAUCAUGAAAUUGCAAAGAUGACAGGUCUUUCGCUGGAUAGAAUCAUAUCAGCUAGCCAUUGUCUGAGAACAGUUUCUUCAAUGAAUUGUGGCGUAGAAUAUCCGGGUUAUAUACCAGAUAUGUCGAUAGAGAGUCCUGAAAAGACUGUGAUGAAACAGCACAUUAGAAAAGAUAUACAUGAUGUCCUCCAAUGUUUGGAUUCAAGAGAGAGGCAAAUACUAAUCCUACGUUUCGGCCUUAAUGAUCACAAACCUAAGUCUCUUGAAUAUAUAGGGAGGAUUUACAAAGUUAGCAAAGCAUGGAUAUGGCAAAUAGAGAAAAAAGCUCUUACAAAAUUAUGGAAUGAAACAAAUAUCUCAAAGAUGAAUUAUUAUUUGGAUCUGUAGUUUAUCAUUUUGUUUUUGGUAAACUUCAGUAACAUCUAUUUUCAUAUGUAAAUGAGGGAUAUGAGGGAUGUGUAUAAACUCUUAAUCCAAAGUUGAUUGAAUGCAUUGUGUAUUAUAAAAUAAAGUUAUUUAUUUUUUUA